UUUUCCUUCGUUGUUGCUAAUUUGCAGCCCUGUGAUUGCGCGUCUGUGUUCCUGCAAUGCUUGCGAUUUUUGUUUUUUGGUCUGGAUUGUUUCCAGGAAAUUAUGCUUUGUUUGAGGCUUUUACGUCGGUUUUAUUUUUGAACUUUGAACAGUAGUACUAGUGAGAAGUGCGCUGCGAGCUCCCUGUUCAAUCCGCUCCAUCUGAAAAUUUCACUGUUUAUUCUUAUUUCCAGUUUCUGACUUUUUUUUUCCCGUUCACCGGUCUUCUUCUUUUUUUGCCCUCCCGGACUUUGCGCUUCGUGUUUCCUUGUCUUGUUUGGGCCAAAGAAACUACUAGUACUAUUAUGAUCAAUGGGCAGUGAAAUCAAAUCGCGCGGUGUCGGUUCGGCAACGCACUGUCGCGCUUGCGAGGGUGGAAUCACCGCGUCGUGCUCGCCCUGUUCGGGCGCUUCCCUUGUCCUUGCCGUUCUCGCGCUCCGUCUUUACCCCCUCCUCGACGAGUUCUUCUUCCCCCCGAACAUUCAAUCCCAUCCGAUGGAACACAUGGUACAGAUUUAACCCGUGAAAGAAUCCGGCAAGUACGGCCAGCUUCACUUCAUCCGGUGGGGGUGGAAUGAUUGAUAGAAGUAGCGGCCGGGGAGUAGUAGUACAGCGCUGCCACUGCGAGAUUAGUAAAAGGAGAUGGUAGAAAAAGGACAACCCCACUUGAGCCCGCAAGGACGAGGGAUUUAUUAGUAGUAGUGAGUAGGCUGAAGUAUAGCGCAUCUGGUGGCUCAAGCCCAAAUCUGCCCAGCAAAUACCGCCAUUAAUGGGCGUAUCAUGAUGCUUAGAGAGUGGUACUGGUACUAGUAGUAGCUCUCCGCUUUUACUCCGGCUCACGCGCGCGUCCUCGAUACGACGACUCCUACUGCUAGCAGAUGGGACGGAAUGACUGAUGAUGAGGAGCAGCAGUGCAGCACAGUAAGAAACCAAUGGAUCCUUCUUCCUUGACACGGGGCAAGGCGAGCAGCAGUAGGUGUCCGGUCAUCUCGGCGGAGGCUUCCGUUCCGUCCGGCCUAACCCUCCGGAUGGGCUUAAAUAAACAUUCGCUGUCCCACGCCGGCGAUUUACUCUCGCGGGCGUCUUAGGUGGCAGCCUUAACUGACUCUCUCUUCGCCGAGCGACAGUGGCGCGCGAUUGCCGUAUCGCGUCAAGCUCUACAGCCUGGUGAUGCUGCAUGCUGCGGCCAUGCGCGCGGUGAUGGUCCACGGCGUGGAUAGAGAGAUACUGGCCGCCUUAAUUAAGCCGCUCUGUGCGUGUGUGUGUCAUGAGUGCGAGAAGUACAUGGCACGGCGAUUACUUCCCGCGUUCGACGUUCUGGCAUGACGGUGAUCGGAUCCGGUCCGGUGGUCUGCGCUGUGCGCCGCCAACUUGGUCGCUCGUGGGGGCCGCCGCCGCCGCGUGUGCUGACUGUAGUAUUAGUACCCUUUGUUCUUGCUUCAAAGGUUGGAUUUCUUAUGACGGAAUUAGUAGUGGCCUGGGCUUGUCCUAUCCUAUACUACUGUUCUAGGUCUAUUGUAACAGAAACCUCUGCUUCUGGAUCAUCGGGUGUGUGUACACGUCGCCAGUGGAUGGAAUGUAUGACUAUGGAGCCGUGAGAUACAUUGUGCCUGAUGGAUCGUCGCAGCUGGCCAUGGAAGAAGAAAUCAUCUGACAAAUCAUCUAGCGCAGAUGCUUCUCAAAAUUCCAAUCAAGCUGAGCAGGAUGACAAAGCUCCAAAAUAUGUGCAGAUUUCACCAGAAACAUAUGCACACCUUACUGAAUCAGAAGAACAAGUGAAAACCUUAAAUGAAAAGGUGAAGGCCUUGAAUGAGGACCUCUCUGCGGCACAGUCUGAGAUCACUACUAAAGAUGCCCUAGUGAAACAGCAUGCUAAAGUUGCUGAAGAAGCUGUAUCAGGUUGGGAGAAAGCUGAAGCGGAGGCCUCAGCACUGAAGCUUCAGCUAGAAACUGUUACAUUGGCUAAGCUAGCGGCUGAGGAAAGAGCUGCCCAUCUGGAUGGUGCUCUGAAAGAAUGCAUGAAGCAAGUAAGGACUGUGAAAGAAGAAGGUGAGCAGAAGCUACAUGAUGUAGUCUUUGCAAAAACCAAACAGUGGGAGAAGAUAAAGGCCGAGUUUGAAGCAAAGUUACUUGAGUUUGAACAGGAGCUCAUUAGGGCUGGUGCUGAGAAUGAUGCACUCUCAAGGUCACUCGAGGAACGGGGAGACCUUUUGAUGAAGAUUGAUGAGGAAAAGGCUCGAGCAGAGGCUGAAAUCGAAGUCUUGAAAAACACAAUUCAGUCAGGUGAAAGGGAAAUUAAUUCACUGAAAUAUGAAAUUCAUGUUGUUUCCAAAGAGCUUGAAAUCCGCAAUGAGGAAAAGAACAUGAGUGUGCGCUCAGCUGAUGUUGCAACUAAACAGCACAUGGAGGAUGUAAAGAAAAUAUCAAAACUGGAAGCUGAAUGCCAAAGAUUACGGGGUCUUGUUCGAAAGAAGUUACCAGGGCCUGCUGCAUUAGCUCAAAUGAAAAUGGAAGUGGAGAGCUUGGGCAGAGAUUAUGGAGAAAGCAGGUUGCGACGAUCGCCUGCAAAGAAUUCCAGCUUCCAUCGUCCUAUGUCCCCUAUGUCCCCUGUUCCUGAUUAUGCAUUUGAAAACUUACAGCACAUGCAGAAAGAGAAUGAGUUUCUGACUGCACGUUUGUUAUCCAUGGAAGAUGAAACCAAAAUGCUAAAAGAGGCCUUGGCCAAAAGGAAUAGUGAGCUGCAAACAUCAAGAAACAUGUAUGCUAAGACAGCAGGCAAACUCCGUGGCUUGGAAGUUCAAAUGUUGACUGGUAGCCAACGUAAGAGUACUUCGAAUCCCAACAUGGAUAUCCACUUUGAUGGUGCACUGAGUCAAAAUGGAAGCAACCCACCUAGUAUGACCUCCAUGUCUGAAGAUGGUGUUGAUGAUGAAGGAAGUUGCACUGAAUCUUGGGCCAAUGCUCUGGUCUCUGAGCUCUCACACAUCAAGAAAGAGAAAGGAGCUAAGAGCAGUGUGACAGAAGGCUCCAAUCGGUUGGAACUCAUGGAUGACUUCCUAGAGAUGGAGAAACUAGCCUGUUUGUCAUCUGAAGCAAAUGGACAUGUCAGUACUGUUGAAAAAAUGAAGAUUGAUGAUACGGAAGCUUCUUUGUCUGGUAUUACUGAAAGAGAUGGUGUUAAAGAUUCGCAGUCAGUUUUGGCAUUGCCAGGGACUCCAUCUAAUAAACUGCAGCUGUCUGACAGCUCUCCACUCUUGAAACUACAGUCUAGAAUAUCUUCCUUGCUUGAUUCUGAAUCACCACAGAACAAUGCUGGAAAUAUACUAGAUAGUAUCAGAAAUAUUCUAAAGGAUAUUGAAGAUGAGGCAGAUUCAUCAAAUGAUAGCAAGACUCAUCAUGGUGACAUGGUUGAAGUAGCUGACAAUGGAUCACUAAUGAAGCAUUCAAGCAGCGGGAGCAAGCAUGCUAUGGAUCAAGAACUAGUCAAUGCCAUUUUAAAGAUUCAAGACUUCGUUAAGUCACUUGACCAAGAAGUGUCCAAGUUCCAAGGGCAGUCUUCAGAUUGUGAUGGUUUAUGUGACAAAAUACAGCAGUUCUCUGCACUAGUAGAGAAAGCUCUAUCAAAUGAGAAUGUUCUAAAUGACAUUGUUAUGACGCUGUCUCUUAUCUUGUCAGGAACCAGUGAGAUUAAGUUCAUGAUGUUGAAAGAGAACACCAAAGAAGCUGACAAUAAUAAUUUGGAUUAUGUUGAUAAAGUGACUUUACUUGAAAAUAAAGUGCAGCUUGAGCCACUAAAGGACAGCAUUUCUGGUCCUUGCCUUCCUCGUUCAUCUUCUGAUCCGGAGAUUGAAGGUCCUACUGACUCUGGAUGUGAUGUCAAGACUGCUGUGCAGAUAUGCUCAUCAGAGGAAUUCGAGCAACUUAAAUCUGAGAAGUUGAAUUUGGAGGCAGAAUUAUCAAAGUGCAAUGAAGUUAUAGAAGAGACAAAAUUUAGGUUUAAGGAGUUGGAGAAGAGCCUUGAAGAGUUGACAUCCAAGUUGGUUGCCAGUGAGAAAUCAAACAGCUUGGCUGAGACACAGUUGAAGUGUAUGGCUGAAUCCUACAAGUCACUUGAGUCAAGGAAAGCUGAAUUAGAAAACGAAAUAAAAGUGCUGCAGUCCAAAAUAGAAGUUUUGACAGCUGAACUUGAUGAUGAAAGACAAAAUCAUCAGGAGGAUAUAACAAGAUAUAGAGAUCUCGAGGAGAAGAUUGAAAGGUAUGAGAACGAGAGGAAUUCAAUGUGUGUGGAUGAGGAUGCAGAUACCAAAGCAAAGCAGGAGAAAGAGAUCGCAGCUGCAGCAGAGAAACUUGCAGAAUGCCAGGAGACGAUAUUGAUUCUUGGUCGCCAACUACAAUCUAUGCGUCCUCCAGCAGAAUCAAUGGGUUCCUCGCCAAACCAGCGAAUGGAAGAUUUCCUGCAGGACGCGGCUGGAACAACCGAAGGUGUUGAAUACUCACAGAAGCCAACAGGUCAACUGGAUACAGAUCAGGAAAUGCAUGCAUCAGGAAAUGAAUCCCCAGUGAAUGGGUACAAGACACACAAUGCCCCCUCUGAAGCGGACGGAAGCCCUUUCCUUUCACCAAACGGAUCCAAGCGCCCAAAGCAUAGAUCGAGAUCAUCUUCCUCAAUUUCUAACCAAUUGCCCGAGAAACAAAACCGGGGUUUCAGUCGGUUCUUCGCCAAGGAAAAGAUCUAAAAAAAGCUGCUUGCAAGAUGCUAGCGUUGGCCUGCUGAUUCUUUACUGUGAAUGACGGGAUGAUGCAAGCCACGAGUUUUCUGUAGAGCUACUUGUGUAUUCUUCGAGGUGACGCCUUCAGUUGCUGGAAUAAUUCUUCUUCGCUCGAAGUCGAGCGGUUAAGGCCAGAUUUAUUUGUGAGAAUGUUUAGCCAUCCGUACCUCCGUCCCGCUAGAGUGUUCUGGGUUGCCGUGUGUUUGAAACCUCACUGAGACCUCACUGUACAUGUGCUUACUUGCAUGAAGAUAAUCGUUGUUGGUUUGUGUGUCAGUGUCACACACCUCUUGUGAAUUAACCUGUGUAGUUUGCUCAAACCAAGCUUGCUGUACAGUUAACCUGGAUUAAUCCGAAGGUUAUUUGUUGUGCUUGUUGACCAUUGUA